UACGGGCAUCACCAAAAGCCCUCAACGCGCAUUCACUCAUUCAAUUCCCCGCAAGACUUCACAAUGGCCGAUCGCCUAGUAGGACUCAGCAUGCUCGUCGCAGCGACUGCUAUCUUCGUUUACUACACCGUCUGGACACUGUUCAUGCCCUUUGUGGACGACGACCACAUCCUGCACUCACUCUUCCUGCCGCGCGUCUGGGCUAUCCGCAUUCCCGUCAUCCUCCUCAUCCUCGGCACCACCGUCGUCGGCAGCUUCCUCUCCGUGGUCAUGAUACGGAGUAACCGGAAGAAGGCACUCAAGGCCAAGCAGAAGAAGGCCACCUAGGAUUCCCGCAGCAAUGGGCGUUGGUGUCCGGGUCUUCAACAAAAGGGGGGACACUUGGUUUUGGCGUAUUGAGGCAAUGUGUGGAUAUAUAUUUUAAUUUGGAGAAUCGAGGGACCAUAGCAUGAGAGUGGUGUACGAAUACUCAAUGCUUCGACGACUUUCUAUUUUUGAAUCUCAUAAGUGAAGAGUAGACCCA